AUCAGUCUUCGCCGUCUUGAAAACAUAAAAGCAGCCACAGCAGCAGCAGCAUAGAGAAAAGGAAGCAAAAAAGGAGUUGUUCAUCGUCCAAUUCCGGAAAAUUUCUUGCCCUUUGGAGAUAAUUUCUUCAGUACGUUGUGCGUGUGUGCUCGAGGAAAAUAUCCGAAUCGGUGAAAAAUCCGUCACAAGAAGACUGCUUGAUUUCCAUUCCUAAAGUGUCAAGGGUGUAAUGUUCUUCUGGGAAAAUCGAGAACGAGUUAAGUAGUGAUAAGCAGGAGAGGAUAGUCAAACCAUUGCUCGACGAACGGAGAUAGUUAGAAGUGGAAAUCGAUAAGACUGAAACAUAACACAAUCCGGAAAGCUUCAGCGGGCGGAGAUAGGAGAACUAAUCAAAAGUUAAGAGAAGUGAGUGGAAAAAGCAAGAGUGACUGACACUAUUCGUUGGGAGAUCAGAAUCAGAAACAGCCUUCACAAUAGACAGAUCACAAAUGCCCAGAGGUAAACGCCGGUCCGCACCGGAGAUGGGGCCUAGCGAAGAUGACCGACACUCGUCCAAGAGGCAAAGGAAUGCCUACCAAACCAGUCAAAGCUCCCGACGGUACAAUAAAGUGGACGAUGCAUUCAGUCAAAAGCGAUGCCUGACCUGGUUCCGCGAGUACACAACGCCCGACGAUCCGGAUACGUUAGGUCCGGAGGGUAUGGAAAAAUUCUGCGAAGAUAUUGGCGUUGAACCGGAGAACGUUGCGAUGCUGGUGCUAGCGUACAAAAUGGGUGCCCGUCAGAUGGGCUUCUUCACACAGAGCGAAUGGCUGAAAGGGCUGACGGAUCUACAGUGUGAUACGUCUGGCAAGGUCCAGUGCAAACUUGACUACCUGCGUAAUCUGUUGAACGAUUCAAAUGCGUUCAAAAUAAUCUACAGAUAUGCGUAUGAUUUUGCUAGGGACAAAGAUCAGCGCAGUAUGGAUAUUGAGACGGCGAAGGCGAUGCUGCAAUUGCUGCUUGGCAAGCACUGGCCUCUAUAUGCACAAUUUGCCCAGUUUCUUGAGCAGUCCAAGUACAAAGUGAUCAACAAAGAUCAGUGGUGUAAUAUCCUCGAGUUUUCCCGUACUAUCUCCAACGAUUUAACCAAUUACGACGUCGAUGGAGCUUGGCCCGUGAUGUUGGACGAGUUCGUCGAAUGGUUAAGACUGCUACGGUCACAAUCGACGAUUAGCUGAGGAAUGUACUACUAAGUGGAAGUCACAGAUUGAUGGACAUCCACAACAGCAUAACACAACAUACACAAUCCAACAACAAUAACAAAUAAUGCACAGACACGCAGUACAGCUUCUUCUCACCUGCAUCAGUCAGUGAAACAAUAGUACCAAGUUCGAGACAUCUCCAAUCCAUCGGCCAGUCGCGGUCGUCCGCACAUCCCGUAAACACACUCAUUAUCGAUAGGAGCAUUCUAUUCUCAUUUUCGAGAGAAAUCAACUUCUCAAUCAACUUCCAACACAGGUCGUUGAUGAAGCACG